UAUCUCUCUCACACUCUCUAGAUCAAAGACAAUGGCUCUGACGGAAGCCGAGGACUUGCGGGUUAGUUCAGAAGUGUAUGAAGCUUUGACAAGAGGGGAGGAAGCUAAAGUUAUCGAGAUAUGCGCAGGCAUUCCCAAGGGCCCAUUACAUACACCUACAAUACAUGAUGACACCGUUUUAAGUUUGGCUACCAACCUCAAGAAAAACGACCUAGCAUUACAACUCCUAGAUAUGGUGCCAAUGUGUGACUCCCACAAACUCACGUGGCAAAACAGUGGUGGACACACCAUGCUUCACGAGACUGGACUCAACAACAAAACAGUAGAGGCUGCAGCCGAGAUGCUAGCCAGGGCCCCUAUGUUGCUCGGCAUGACUAAUAGACUCGGCGAGACUGCUUUGUUCACUGCUGCUUCAAAUGGCAAGACCAAGAUUUUUAACUUACUUCAUCGCCAAGUGUGUCGAACCACACAGGGUCCCGAUUUGAAAACGUUUCUUCAAAGGGAUGAUAAAUCUACCAUACUUCAUAGAGCAAUUCUUAGUAGAAACUACUUUCUGGCUCACGAGAUAGCCUCCAAGCACCCGCAUUUGAUGAACGAGAAGGAUGGUGACGAGAUGACACCUCUUCAGCUUCUUUCGUGCAGCCCACCAGUAUUCGGUCCUAAAACUUUUUUCAAGUGCAUGAUAUACAAGUUGAUUGAUGUAGAUUUUGAAGAUACCAACAAAAUAUUUCCCUGGCUAAAAAAACUGAAGAAAGAAAAGCAUAGAUGUGAAUGGGCAUUGAAGCUUGUUAAGGUGUUGGUAAAAGCUGACAUGUCAUGGCAAAUGACUGAAUCUUGGAUAAAGAAGGGAAGAUCAACUGUCCAUCUCUAUGGAAGGCGUAAAUCCAUAGCUGAAAAUGAACAAAUGACGGGUGAUAUGUAUAAGCCCGACACACCACUAUUAUUAGCAACCAUACAUGGUUGUACCGAGAUUGUUGAGGAAAUAGUUAAAGUGUAUCCUCAGGCAAUUGAGCAUAUUGACCAUGAGGGGCGUAACAUUUUAAGUCUAGCGAUCUUGCAUCGACGUAUUGAAAUUAUCGAUCUUGUUGAUCGGUUGAACAUUCAAAAGACGAGGGUGAGAAGAAACAUUGACAACUAUGGGAACACCUUGCUUCAUCUAGUUGGCGAAAAAGUUGAUAAUCCUACAGAGGACCUAAAAGGUCCUGCUCUAGUACUACAAGAGGAUGCACUUUUGUUUAAGAGAGUAAAGGAGACAUGUAUAACCUUAGAUACCAUGAGGUUAAACUCCAAAGGGAAGACUGCAGAACAAGUAUUCUUCGAGAGUAAUAACAAACUCCGAGCCGAAGCCAAAGAAUGGAUGAGUGAGAAUGCGAAAAACUGCUCCAUUGUCGCGGUACUCAUUGCCACAGUCGCUUUCGCUGCAGCUUACACUGUGCCAGGAGGGCCAGACUCAAAAACGGGCCAUCCUGUUCUCAAGAACCAACCUCUCUUUCUCAUAUUUACCAUCGCCGAUGCCAUUUCACUAUCAUCAAGUUUAACAUCAGUUAUCAUAUUUCUCAACAUCGUCACAUCCUCGUUCCAUUUUAAGGAUUUUGAGAAAUCUUUAUUUCAAAAGUUACAUUUAGGACUUACACUCCUGAUCAUCUCUGUGGCAAUGAUGAUGGUGGCAUUUGCAGCCACACUUAUUUUAACCAUAAGCAGUGGAAGGAAAUGGACUGAUAUCACUUUAUAUAGUGUUUCAUUCUUCCCUGUACUAAUAUUUGUGUUCACAUAUAUAAAGUUUUACAAGCAACUUGGUGGGGCUAUUUACCACGCGUUCAAGCAGAUGGCAGAAGCAACACUCUCACAUUACCAUAACCCCAGACUUGAAGGUUGGUGUUACAAUCGUCAUUCUCGACGUCAAACCGUAGGGUCUGUUUAGUUGGUAUUUUGAGAGAAUAAUAUGCCAUGGUUGAAGGAAAAACAUGUUGGUAUUGUGUGAUAUGUUUCAUGUCGAAUCUAACCUUGCUUAGGAUAA